AUGAAGAUCAUCAUAUUUUCGAUUCUAUUUACUGUUCAAGCUCUUGAUAUGGAAAGAAGGUUUAUACCAAUUGAUAAUUCGUCGAUAAUGAAUAAUUUAAAUGCGGUAACUCAAACAGUCAAUGAAAGUGAUAAAACAACUUUUCGAGAAACGUCAAACGAUCUUGUAACAAGCCGAUUCCAUAGCGAUGAAAUCAAAUUUUCAACUAUUUUUCCUGAAAUAAUUUCAUCUGAUGUAUCAUUCGAGAAUCAAACAUGGUCAUCAUCACUUGUUAGUGAUCAUUGGUCAUUCUCGUCAUUUUCUUCUAUGAAUGAUUUUGAUUUUACGACAUUAUCUCAAGAAAAUAAGAUAACGAAACAAGAACAAUGGUUUAAUAUCAAUCAAACACAUAGACAAGAUCCUUAUAGAUCUAUUUUAUUUUGGAGACGAACAAACGGUUCUGUCGGUAGAGAUGCAACUUAUAUCCUAACAUCUGAACCUCAAUGUAUUCGUCAAAUAUGUUCUGUUGAAUUAAAAUAUAAUGGUACAUUAUCAUUAUUGAAUCCGAUUAGUGGUUGUCUUUCAUUUUUUGUUCGGACACGUGGUCUACCAGUGGGCCAAUUAUGGAUCAGAGAAGAUCACGACCAAGAUAAUAUUUCACAAAAAUUUCAAUUAACUAAUAAAAAUUUACGUAUAGAACAUUCGUUGAAACCGAAAAUAAAGCAUUUAUCAAUUGAAACACGAAUUUUAUUCCGUAAUUCUCAACUAGACAGUCUUAUCUUAUCGAAUUUAGAAGUUAAUUGGAAAGGACCUUGUCCAAAAUAUCGUCCAAAUUCAACAUCUUCUCCUGAUAUAAUUCCGCGUCGAUCAACAUUAGAAGAUAUUUUUAUGACAUUAACUAGUGAAGACUCUAAUAGUUCGAGUACAUUAAUUCCUGAUGAAGAAUUUUCUAAUAGUCAACAAAAUUCGAUAUAUGAAUCAACAACUAUGAUAUUCAAUCAAGAAACAAAUAGAAAAUCUUCAUUUUCUUUAUUUAGUCAAAAACAUAUUCGAUGGUUUUUAUCAUUAAUAACAUUCUUCUGUUUUCUUAUUGUUCUAUGUGCAGUUGGACAUGGUUUAUGGUUAUUGAGACGACAACAUCAUUCUGUUUGGCAUGUUACUUUUGAUUCAAAAAUUCAAUUAGUUGCUCGACGAUCAAUUCGUUCAUCAACAAGAUCAGAAACUAAAAUUGCUACUAUCUCUCAAAUAACUUAUGAUAUUCUUAAUGAUGAUUCACAAAAAGAACAAACAGAUAGUCUAACAACGAACAGUAGUCGAUCAACACCCAUAUCGUAUUAUACUUAUCUCUAG